GGACCCGAGCGGGCUUCAAAUUGCGACAGAGAGGUCGGAGCGAGCCAAGCACAAGACUUUCAUUGGAUACACUUUAAAGAUGCCGAGUUCCUGCAAAGAUAUCCGACUGGCCUUAGCCCAAUGCCUGCAAGAGUCGGACUGCAUCAUGGUCCAGCGCAACACCCCCCGUGAAUGUCUGCGCGAACCGCAUCUUGACCAACUCCCCGUGAAGUGCCAACAGCUCCGAAAGGGUCUCAGUGAAUGCAAACGUGGAAUGGUCGAUAUGCGCAAACGCUUCCGAGGCAAUGCGCCUGUUUCACUUACGAAAGAAACCGAUACAGACACGGGUGAAGUCGUGGAAAAGAGAACCCCCGUUCCCCAACUAUAUGCCGGAAAACCCGCCGUUCAAUCUAUAAAGCAGACAAGCGGCGACGAGGCACAGAUGGAUCCGGAGAAGACAAGGGGAUUAUGAUGAUAAAGAAGGGGAUUUCUGUGUGGGACGAAGAAAAUCUAAUUGCAUAAUGGCGUUUUUUCGUGUUUUGAUGGUAGAUCUAUUUGAAAGGCGUUGGGGUUGGGGCAUUCGGGCAUAGUGCUCUGCAAGAACCCUUAGUUUCUGAUGUGAUAUGCCGUGACAUAACUUGUAUAUACCUGUACGAUUAGAGUAUAUUCCUCUCUUGCUCUUUGGUUUA